AUGACCUCCAUCUCGCGCCAUCCUACCCACUAUGCUUCUCAUCACAAGUCCCCACCAGUCAUCAUGCCGCAGAAGGGACAAAGCUACAACUAUCCCGUCUCUAGGGCGAUGUCGCCUCCGUCGGAUUUAUCUGAAACCAGCUCCUACGGCGGAAGCCGCUCGUCUGGUGGUUCUUACUCCGUAAGCUCGGGCCGCAGCUAUGCUCCCAGUCACAACAGCGACCACGAUUCUUAUAGCUCGCACCACGGCGGAUCUAUCGAUGUCAUGGACACGUUGAGCCAGAGAAUGAACGACGCAUUUGAUCCCAUUACGAUGGAUCGCGCCUUGGUCUCUCAAGCCCAAACAUCCGGUCAGCUCAAUGCAAAACAGCGCGAAUUGCAAGAAUUGCAGGCGCUCGCACAAAGAAGAUUGAAGACCGCCAGAGUGAAUUUUGCCGAGGGAAUAGAUGCUGCACGAGAGACCAGGCGAGAUAUUGAAUAUAUCUCCAAGAAAACAUCGUAA